AUGGCCUCCAUACAAGUCGACUCGGCCGUCGAAAAGGACGACCUGUUCAUCCCCCUCAUCGACUUCUCCCACUUCGCGUCCCCCACCUCCACGCCCUCGACCCGCCUCGCCACCGCGCGCGCCCUCCUCUCGGGCUUCCAACGCGCGGGCUUCGUCUACCUCCGCAACCACGGCAUCCCCGCCGCCGACGUCCGCGCCGUCUUCGCGCACUCGGCCGGCUUCUUCGCGCGGCCGCAGCCGCAAAAGGACGCGCUGGCGUGGUACUCGCCGCGCGCCAACCGCGGCUACGUCGCCCACGGCCGCGAAAAGGUCACGCGCGCCGACUACGCCGGCGACGUCGCCCAGCUGCGCGCCGCCGUGCCCGACCUCAAGGAGAGCAUGGAGAUUGGCCGCGAGGGCGAGGACGGGUGCCCGAAUAUGUGGCCGUCGGCGGAGGAGGAGGCGGGCGCCGCGUUUCGCGAGGUGAUGGAGGCGUUUCAUGGGAUGUGUAAGGAGUUGCAUCGUGGUGUGAUGCGCGCGGUUGCGUUGGGCAUGGGGUUGGAGGAUGAGGGGUGGUUUGAUGAGUAUACGCGGCGUGGUGAUAAUACGUUGAGGUUGUUGCAUUAUCCUGAGGUGGAGAAAAGCGUGUUUGAGAGGGAGGAUGGCCAGGUGCAGGUCAGGGCCGGGGAGCAUUCGGAUUAUGGCUCCUUGACCCUCCUCUUCCAAGACGACCGCGGCGGUUUGCAGGUCCUGUCGCCCAAGGGCACCUUUGUUGACGCCACACCCAUCCCGGACACGAUCGUAGUCAACGCCGGCGACCUGCUGGAGCGCUGGGCCAACGACACCAUCAAGAGUACCAAGCACCGUGUCGUCGAGCCGCCGCCUAAACCCGGCCAGGAGUCGCUCGAAAAGUACCCCGCCCGGUACAGCGUCGCUUAUUUCUGCAACCCGGACUUCGACAAGCUCAUCGAAGCCAUUCCGGGGACGUAUGAGGAAGGGAAGCAAAAGUAUCCCGGUGUUUUGAGUGGUGAUUAUUUGGCUAAGAGGUUGAGUGAAACGUAUGGAGAUCUGGAUAAGUAUGAUCUGAAAGUGUAG